AUGAAGCAACCAACUUGCGUUUUGUUUUGUCUGCUUGUGUUUGUGGUAGUGCAGGGAAAAGUGCCCACGAGAUGGACUGUCAAGACGGCAAGACAACAGGGCAGGCAACUACCAACGGCUUUGUCGGCAGUCCAUGCCAUUCCCCGUGGUGGUGGCGCUACCAAUAAGCAAGCAUCCACAAAAUCUCUCCAAAAGGAUUCUACUGGACGCCCUACUAUUAAGGCUAACGGCAGCAACAACAAAGCCUCUGUAAGCACCUCUAUAUUCAACUUGGCCAACAAUGUGGCUGGAGCUGGAAUUUUGACAUUGGCGGCUGGCAAGGCAGUCAGUGGAACUGGAUGGAUCCCCUCCCUGGCAAUCUGUCUUGCAUUGGCGUUCUGUUCGGCCCACACUUUUAUUCUGAUUGGCAAGGCAUGUGAGAUGACCAACCAACAAACGUUCAAGGGAUUGUGGGGAUAUUCCUUUGGAGAAAAAACGGCUUGGAUUGUGGAUUCCAUGGUCUUUAUCCAAUGCUUCUUUGUGUCCAUCAUUUACACUGGAUUGCUGGGAGAUAUAUUCUCGGCAUUGCUGGCCAAUGUUGGCAGUAUCAAUCCAGAAUUCACCACACGAACUUCCAUUAUUCUCAUGGCUGCAGUGGCCAUUCUGUGGCCACUCAAUAUGAUACGGGAUCUCUCUGCCCUUGGUUUUACUUCCAUUCUGGGCUUGAUUGCUGUCCUCUAUACUGUCUUUUUCAUUCUUUACCGAGCAUUGGAUGGGACUUAUUCCAUUUCGGAACCCAUUGGAAAGUUCGUCGCCGAAGGUGCCUUGACGGCGCUGCCAUCGUUUGACAAAUCGUCCUUGUGGAAUUUCGAUAUCAAUGCAUUGGUACUGGUGUCCAACCUGGGAUUGGCAUUUAUUGCUCACUACAAUGGACCAUCCUACUGGAGAUCUCUGGACAAGGCAACAUCGGCCAGGUUUUCCAAGGUGGCAAUGUCUGCCUAUGCCAUUCUGGCACUCAUAUACACGACAACCAUGGUCUCUGGGUAUGCCACCUUUGGGGACGCCUGCCAAGGCAACAUUCUGUUGAAUUAUGCAGCUUCGGAUUACUUGUCCACAUUGGGACGACUUGCCACGGGUUUCAGCAUUAUCUUUGGAUUCCCGCUCAUCUCCAAUGGAGCCAGAGAAGGACUCAAAAAUGCCAGUGCCGCUUUGGGAUGGACGUCCCUGUCACUGCCACAGAAUCAUGUACCGUUGGUAACAUGUCUACUGAUCAUCACAACAUGCCUCUCCAUUGUCCUGAAAGAUAUCAAAUUGGUGGCAGGUUUGACGGGGGCAGUCAUGGGAUCAUCCUUGGUCUACAUUUGCCCCACUCUCCUCUAUGCACGAGUUGUGCGUAAAUGCCAUGGAGUGGACAGUCCAGAGUAUCGAUCAGCCAAACGCAAUCUACUAUUCAUACCGUUUGGACUCUUCACGGCAUCUAUGGGAGUUGCCAUGACAUUGAAGAAUACAGUCUUGGCAGCCAAGCAAUAG